CGAAUUAUUUAAUAAUCCUACUUUUCUUUAGCAAUGAAGAAAUUAAUGACAGACUCAAAGGCUAAAUAUUCCAAUGUAAAUAAACUCUGUGGGUCUUCAGAAUGGACAGUCACAGUCAAAACUAUGACAGGAAAGCAGCUCGAGUGAGUAGUCCAAAGUUCAGACAUGAUCAUCGAUCUCAAGAAUAUGAUCCAAGAGAUGGAAUUCAUACCUCCAGACCAACAGAAGAUUCUUUUUGGAGGGAAUCAAUGCUGAGAUACAGAUGUUAUCAGUCAAGUAGGAGCUAGGGAUGGAUGUACCUUUCAUCUUGUACUUAGGCUCAGAGGGGGAGGAGGUGAGCAGCCUUUAGACCCUAACUAUGAUGGAGAAACUCAUGAGAUACCAACCUCCAACACAUACAAAGAAUACAUGGAGAUUCAGAAUGUUGAUGGGUCCUGGGAUGACAAGAUCAUAUCUCUAAUUGACCACAGUUCAGAUGAAGUGUAUGAGUCUGCUUCAUCCAAGCUCAAACUGAAAUUUACUCAGCAAGAAGUGUUGUCCAUAAUGUACACUUGGAUCGGGAUAUAUCAGCUAAACGCUCAGUUUCCUGAACAAAGACAAGAAUGGAAGCUGAUAGAGAAGAAAGGAAUUUUAUUUUUGAAGUCAAAGUUCUCUUUAAACCAUUAUAAAAUCAAUUGUUCUCUCUACUUACCGAUAGAGCAAACAGAGAGAAUCGAAGAGAAAGAUGAAGUUGAUCAAGAAAUGCAAGAAGAAGAGCAAUCAUCUUUAAACAUUGAAGGGAAAGAAGAUCAAGAUGCAGGCUGAAAUUGCAUUAUUUUCUAGUUAUUUUAGAUUUGCACAGUUGAAAGUGCUCAUAUUAUUUCAAAUGAAGUUUAUAUCAUUAAACUUAACAAAAAAAUCAACAUA